GUUCGUUCAUUCAGUUUCGUGCGAAUAGCCGUGGGAAGCGCGCGUGUCUCUCAUCGCUUUAAGUUCCGAUCAUCCCAAACAGGCAGAUAAUUUCGUGAUACUCAUCCGUUAAGAUGCAGAACGUGAAGCCAGGUAGCCCCCAGCCUGACGAGACGCCGAUGGAGUCCAAGCAUAUCAUGGGCAUACCCAGAGUGGCCCACACCACAAAGUAUAAUGCACCCGUGCAUAUUGACGUAGGAGGUACCCUCUACACAUCGUCCUUGGAAACUCUUACCACCUACCCGGAGUCGCGGCUGGGCAAGAUGUUCAACGGGCAGAUCCCGAUCGUGCUGGACACGCUGAAGCAGCACUACUUCAUCGACCGCGACGGCGGCAUGUUCCGCUACAUCCUGAACUUCCUGCGCAACAAGAAGCUGCUGCUGCCCUCCGACUUCUCGCACUUCGACCUGCUCAUUCACGAGGCGCGCUACUUCGAGCUUGACAAAAUGGUGUUUGCUCUGACCAAAGUGAAGAGCGAGUGCCAAGAGUCGACGCAUGACCGUGAUUGGCUGAGCCGGGCCACGGAGCGCCUACACCGUGAGACCGAGAGGCUGAUGCAAGAGAGAGUACCCUUCAACCUUCAACAUUGGUCCUGAAGCAAGGCCCACUUUUCGGGAACUUCGGAACCGAAGAGACGCCGCCUUUGAAAUCCUCGACGACCGGGUAGUUCCCGUUUUUUUUUUAAGUUAUUAUAAGUAGGAUGAAACCCAUUAGGUACUAAGGGAGGAAAAUUCCCAGAAUAUUAUAGGAAAAAUAAUUUACGUGCAAUCUGAGGUUGGGGAGCGGAGCAAAUAGUUUUUAGGGUAAAAAAACGUUUUAUUACGAUUUCUGACAAAACUACAAGUUUUACGUUGCAAAGUUUUAGGUAGUUUCUGUUUAGUGAUAAGUAUAAGUUGUUAAUUGUGUUGUUUCCUACAAUUUUGCCAUUGUUUUCUUUGCCAGUCAUGUGGUUUUGCCAGCAAUCGUCUUAAACAAAUUUUUACCUUCCCCCUCCCCCUCUUCCCGACUUCAAAUCG